UGUUGGCAGCUUCCUUCAGUCUCUCACGGGUCGUCCUAGCGCAAGCACGUGCUAUUCCCUCGGUGUACGGGUUUUUCGAAGUUCGUGUCCUGGAAGGUUUCGGAUGCCUCAGCGAGUUGCCGGGGUUUUGCUAACGGAAAUUAGCUUGUGAAGCAAUUUUCUUGUUAUUUUGAAAACAAGUUAGUGAAUUUAAACGGUGGUUUAGUGGGGGAAGAGUCCGGAAAUAACCCAUCAUCAGUGAACCAUGGAAGAGGUCACAGCUGUUUUUAUAGGCUUUGGAUAGCAGGACAAUAAAUCGACAACAUCAACUCACAAAAAAAAACAAACAUGAAUCGAUACACAACUGUGUUUACAGCUAUGGAUUACACAUUGUAAAGCUGUAAGAGGAUUCCAGAGAAAAGUUCCUUCGCAAAGUACGCAAGUUCUCCAUUAAACGACUGCAACGUUUGAACUCCGCAAAAACAGGAGCCUCCAUUCAUCGCCAAACAAGUUCAGAAAACGCCGGCCUAAGUUCUACCGCCCACCAAAAGGAGAGGUUAGGGACAAUGACAAGAGUCACGGAAAACGGCCUGAUGAUGGCACCGCUGUCGUGUGUCUUUCAUCGCUCCGUAAAAGUGCCUGCCGAAUGCUAGUACUAGACGAAAGAGAGAGAGAGAGGAAAAGUGCUGAAAUAAACGUUUUCAACCUUGGCUGGAGGGGCUUUGGUGAGGUUUUUUGGGAGGGAAGAAACGCUAACGAGCGCUCAUCAUCCGAGAACAGAAAAAAGGGUUUUCACUCCGGCGAAAGGGCCGUCAUCUAAUCCAGCCGAGGCUGUCGCUUUCCUCUCUUGGGGACGACUGAAACGAGGUGGCCCCGAAAAUAUCUGGGCGCAAAGUGAAGGAUCGUGUAGCCGAGUGAGGUGAAAAUUAAUAAAAAUCAGGUUGAGACCAGGCAGCUUGCUGUAGCGGAUAGAGCUCGGAAAAAAGCUCUGCGUCGUGAAGGCAGAGUCAUCUGGCGGAAGGCAGAGCAAGGAAUAUGGUGUACAAAUGGUAUGCCAAUCUGAGUAAUCGUACGAUCGCGAUUACCAUCGUCGUCUGUAUUUGUAUGCUGUACGUGUCCUAUACGUUCAACACAUGCCUAAUAUCGAGCAUCAACAAAACGUGGAAGAAGGCUCACACGAGCAUCACCACAAUGACCACACCAACGGAGGAGACCGAGGCGCCCCAGAUCAAAAUCCUGGGCUCGAUCGUACGGAUCGUCCCUCUGACGGACGAUAGCAGCGGCUUCGAGGCCAAAGGUAUGCUGAACGCCUCGGACGGAUCGCCAAAGUACCGGUUUCUGCGGCAACAGGGUUUACGACCAUCGCGACACCUACCGGAUGCGCUGAUCAUCGGCGUCAAAAAGUCCGGAACGCGGGCCCUGCUGGAGUUUAUCCGACUUCAUCCGGAUGUCCGGGCAGCGGGUUGUGAGGUUCACUUCUUCGAUCGUCACUACGCCAAAGGGUUACACUGGUACCGCCAUCACAUGCCACCCACGAUAGAAGGUCAAAUCACGAUGGAGAAAACGCCCAGCUAUUUCAUAACUAAAGAAGCCCCGAAACGGGUCUACCACAUGAACCCCAGCACAAAGCUGCUGGUAGUGGUCCGGGAUCCGGUAACCCGCGCAAUCUCCGACUACACCCAAGCCCGUAGCAAGAAGAAAGACAUGAAACGGUUUGAAGAGCUGGCCUUUCUCAACGGAACCUCCGGCGGGGUCGUCGACACCAACUGGGGACCCGUCAAGAUCGGAGUCUACGCCAAACAUCUCGAGCGAUGGCUCGAGUACUUCCCUUCCCAGCUAAUCUUCGUCAGUGGUGAGCGCCUGAUCGCUGACCCAGCCGUCGAGAUCGGCCGCGUCCAGGACUUCCUCGGCCUCAAGCGGGUCGUCAACGAGAAGCACUUUUACUUCAACUCCACUAAGGGCUUCCCCUGUCUGCUCAAAUCUGAGGAACGAUCCUCGCCGCACUGCUUAGGCAAGACCAAAGGUCGCAAUCACCCCAAAAUAGAAUCCCAAGCCAUCGAGCGACUCCGCGAGUUCUACCGGCCGUUCAACCUCAAGUUCUACCAGCUGACCGGCAUAAACUUUGGGUGGCCCUGAGGGUCGCUGGUGACCCGGUGGGACAACCGGUAGCCGCUGUAAAUAGCCGCGAGUAGAGUUCCUAUAGCUAAAUCAAACGGUGCCAUCGAGUAUUUGGCGCGAGCAGCGGAGCGAAGCAGUGCCAUCUUGUGGCAUUUUCGGAUUCGCCUCAAAGAGAUACGAACCAAACCCCUUAGUUUAGACUGUAAGCAAAACAAACACUUGAACUGAUGUAGGCAGAACUCAUUUUCCAAGAGGUCAAUUAGUGUUAAAACAGUACCAAAUAUUGCGUGAUGUAUAAAAUAUGAAACAGAUAGUUUUGCACAGACAGGAUAAGAUGUAAGCACAUUCGCACAAAUCUAUACAAAACAAACAAAAACAAAUUCUUGAAAAAGGUUGAACACAAAGAAUGCUGCUAAAAGUUCAUUGUGAUUCUCGAGUGCUGUAAAUCGAGUUUGUAAAUCAAUGAUCUUUCCAACAGGAAAGAAAUGACUUUGAACUGGAAAUAAAUUACGUUGAAAUAAA